GAGGCAGCAGAGACGACAGUGAAUGGCAAGAAGGGGCCAGAGAUCUUUGCUGCCACCCCCCACAUGGAGCCCUAGGGAACCAUAGAUAUUUGCUGCACUGCCCUGACUGCUGCUGGACUCGGAGCCUCCUCCUGACGCUGAAGUCAUCUCUCUCCCCGGACCUUGCUGGGCCCCAAAGGCCUUGGCCUGAUCUUGCUGGGACCAUGGUUGGACUGAAGCCUUCAGAAGUGCCUCCCACGACAGCCGUGAAGUUCCUGGGGGCGGGCAGCGCGGCCUGUUUUGCUGACCUCCUCACAUUUCCACUCGACACAGCCAAGGUCCGCUUGCAGAUACAAGGAGAGAACCCAGCAGCCCAGAGAGUGCAGUACCGCGGCGUGCUGGGCACCAUCCUGACCAUGGUGCGCACCGAAGGCCUCCGAAGCCCCUACAAUGGGCUGGUGGCCGGGCUGCACCGCCAGAUGAGCUUUGCCUCCAUCCGCAUCGGGCUCUAUGACUCAGUCAAGCAGUUCUACACCCCCACGGGAGCAGACCAUGCCAGCGUCGCCACCCGGCUUCUAGCAGGCUGCACCACAGGAGCCAUGGCAGUAACCUGUGCGCAGCCCACGGAUGUAGUGAAGAUACGAUUCCAAGCCAGCAUACGCCUGGGGCCGGAGAGCGGCAGGAAAUACAGCGGAACUAUGGAUGCCUACAGAACCAUCGCCAGGGAGGAAGGGAUCAGGGGCUUGUGGAAAGGAACUUUGCCCAACAUCACAAGGAAUGCCAUCGUUAACUGUGCUGAGAUGGUGACCUACGACAUCAUCAAGGAGAAGCUGCUAGACUCCCACCUGCUAACAGACAACUUCCCCUGCCACUUUGUCUCUGCCUUUGGAGCCGGUUUUUGUGCCACAGUGGUGGCCUCCCCAGUGGAUGUGGUGAAGACCCGGUAUAUGAACUCACCCCCCGGCCAGUACCGCAGCCCCCUGCACUGUAUGCUGAGGAUGGUGGCCCAGGAGGGCCCCACAGCCUUCUACAAGGGAUUUAUGCCCUCCUUUCUGCGUCUGGGAGCCUGGAAUGUGAUGAUGUUUGUAACCUACGAGCAGCUGCAGCGGGCCUUGAUGAAAGUCCAGAUGUUGCGUGAAUCUCCAUUUUGAACAAAACCAGAAGGCCACUCAAUCUUUACCUUGUCUGAGGCCAGUUAAGCCUGGAAUAAAUAGUGGAUGCGCAGCUGCUCAGACACAGGGUUACAGAAAUGUGCACUCCUCACUGAUUCAAGAAAUAGAACUAGAAGAUGAAAAUUGUGGUCUGCAGUGCUUUAAGAACACUUUGUUUUGCACUGACAUGAUGGAAAACAAAUUAUAUUAAUUUGUAAAAGCCAUGGAGUUGGGUGCCUAACAUUUAGGCGAAAGAAAACAAACCAAAACAGAUCUACUUGAAUAAAAAGAAAGUUUACAAGGUCACCCACCUUCCCUGAAAAUCAGAGGAGACAAUCAGUUACUACCAGGAAAAGCUGCUGCUUGGGACAGGGUGGCCCACAGUACAGCUGGAAGCCAGCUGAGAGCCUGGCUGAGCUCUUUUAUCUGAGGAAGACCUUGGACACAAUGCAAUGCCAGGGCUGCAGCCUUCCCAGCCAGCCUCACGGGGUUCUGCUACCUGUCAGUAAUGAGUCAGCCAACCAGGAUUCUAGGAACUACAAGGAACAAAAGAGAAAAUCUGGAACCUGUGCCAAAGGAGUCCUGUUGAGCCAUUUCAGGCUGAAGCCUGGGUAUGCCCACCCCCAAGGACACUGGAGGGUGAAGAGGCAGCUUCAGUUUCCUGUCCUAUGAAAUGGGAACUAAUCCCUUCCCUGUCUGCCUCAUGAGGGUGUCAGGAGGAUCAAGUGAGAACUUGGCCAUGAAACGACUUUAUGAAAGAUUCGUCAGGGCAGAGAAGUUCUGGAAAGAUACAUCGCCAGGUGGUAACAGUACGGUGACAGUGACAGUGGAUGAUGUGGUGCUCCCUGGCUGUACUGUGUGGUACCUUGAAGGGUAGAGGCUUGGAGCAAAAGAGACACUGCCUGAACAGCAGGACUCAGAAUCUUUUGAAAAUUACUAGGAAUGCAUGAAGGAAUUCCAACCUUAAGUGAGGGCCUAAAAACAG